ACGUGUUUGACGUCUCACAUAGGUGUGGUAAAAAUUCGGGUGAACAAGUAUGUUUAAUUAAUUGAUACACCGAUUCAUACUGCAAGUGCAAUGUAAACCAUCGUUGAAAUUCUCAAAACUAUCAACAAAUUUUGGAUAAGUUGUAAUUAAGACGGCACAAGCUUCAUUAUACGGUCAAUAACAGUAAUGGCUGUUGGUCGCGUAGCAGGAACAGGGAAUAUCGGAUAUUCUUCAAAUUAUCGCGGUGGAGGAAGAUCCUACCACGGAGGGAUAAACGAAGAAAUAAUAUGGAUCAGCAUUGGAAUGGCAAUAACCAUUGGCAUUUUAAUUACCCUUGCAUUGAUUUAUCUUGCUUAUGAGAAGUGCCAAAAGCGACGGAAUCACUAUAUAAACGCGUAAAUAACUCGACAGCAACGUAAUGCGCAUGGACCAACACUACCUGGUAACAAUCUUUUACCCAGAAAUAAUUGUAAUCAAAAAUCGUUUCACCUUCAGUCACAUAUACAUUUAUUUCGGAGCACCACAAUGUUGAAGAGCAAGCACCAUUUAGGCCAUAUGAAAAACUGUUAUAUUAUAUAAGUAAUAUGUAAUAAUGUAAAAGUAAUUAAU